GAAGCGGCGGCGGCAUCCCCGCCCCCGAGCGACAUGGCUCAGGCUCAGGCUCUUCCUUGCCCGGUAGGAUCCCAAGAGGUGUUCUCGGGCAUGGAGCUGCAAAACGCCGCAGUGGCGAAGCAAAAGCCUCUCAGCUUGGAGGAAAUGAUUAUAGCCAAACCAGGGAAAACGCCAAUUCAGCUGUUACAUGAAUAUGGCACAAAGACUAAUGUUACUCCUGUGUAUGAAUUUGAAAAAGCAGAAGGACAAGUGCAUCUGCCCAUUUUCACCUUCAAAGUUACCAUGGGUGAAAUAACGGGGACAGGAGAAGGUCCCAGCAAGAAAAUUGCAAAACACAGAGCUGCAGAAGCUGCAUUGAACCUUUUAAAAGGCAGUUCUAAUAUUUGUAUUUCUAUGCCAGACCACAUAAUCCCUGAACCUUUCAAUCAAGCACAGAAUCAGACUAAUCCUAUAGGAUCGUUGCAGGAAAUGGCUAUUAAGAAGGGAUGGAGACUUCCCGAGUAUUCACUUGCACAGGAGACGGGGCCACCACAUAAGAGAGAAUUUACAAUGAUUUGCAGAGUAGAAACCUUUGUAGAAACAGGGACGGGGACAUCUAAAAAAUUAGCAAAGCGAAAUGCUGCUGAGAAAUUACUUGUUAAAUUUCACAGUUUUUCUGGAGACAAUAUUUCUUUAGGAAAUGAACAUAGUCAUAAUUUGGGAUGUACAUGGGAUACUCUUAGGAACUCUUCUGGAGAAAAAAUUACAUUGCUGAAGAAGAAUCCACUCAGUAUUCCUAAUACAGAUUAUGUACAGCUCCUUGGCGAAAUUGCAGAAGAACAGAGUUUUAAUACAACAUAUCUGAAUAUAGAGGAGCUCAGUGUGAAUGGACAAUACCAGUGUCUUGCAGAACUUUCAACCAAUCCAAUCACGGUUUACCAUGGGACUGGAAUCUCUUGGGGCAGUGCCCACAACGAUGCUGCUCACAGUGCACUACAGUAUUUAAAGAUCAUGGCUGGAAGGAAAUAAACUUCAAGCAAGGGAAAAUAUUGAGAGACACAUAAGAAGGAUAAUAUGUACCCAAGCGGAGCAGUUUCCAAACUAUUUGGGCUGUUUUUUAAAUUGCAUCACAAAACCCAUCUAUACUUAAUCCAUUUUAAUAAUAAUUUAAAUCCAUAAUUGCAAGGUUUUCAUUUUGGAUAGCUAGAUUCAAGAAGACUAGAUACAUGCAUAGAUACAAUCAUAUGGCGAGGCACAACAUUUGGCUUUCUAGGAUGAGAUCUGAUGUGUGUGUGAUUCAGAAUCCUUAGGAUUAAACUUAGACAUUUCUGUAAAUAUGUUUGCCUCUCUCCCUAUAGCCAGGCAUCUGGUUCUCCCCUCUUUCUCCAUAUUGUCUCCUACAAUUUUACAUUGUGUAACAUCAAAUAUUCCACAUUCCUUAUCUCCCUCCCUCCUCUAUUAGCAGCUGAUGUAAGCCUGGAUUGUCACUCUAUUCCAAAUGGCGCCACCAUAUUCUAACACCACACCCCUACAGGACAAAGUAGUUGUCCACCAUGAUCUGGGCACUCUGAAACAGACAGCCUGGUUCACUUCCUCCCUGAAUUGAAAUUCUCCCCUGUCCAGAAGGUCCUGUUGGAAGCUAGGAAACCACCCACCAAGAAAUCAAACCUAGCCAAAUGAAAACGAUUUUCUCUUUGGGCCAAAGAAAGCAAUCCAAACCCCUGUCUCUGCCUCAUAGCCCUCUGUUUUAGACUGUUUGGUCCAGUUAAAGGACCAAAGUUUGCUAAUUCUAUUAAGGUCCACCUAGUGGCCAUCUCAGCCUACCAUACAACUUAAGUGGGAAAUCUAUCUUUGCCCAGCCACAAUGCAAGUCCUUUCUCCGAGGCAGCAGACCUAUAUCCUCCAGCAUCCAGGCCAAUUCUUCAGUGGAGUCUCUCCUUCAUUCAUGCAAAGACAGCUCGAGCCCCUGGUUACCUGCUCCCUUAAGGUUCUGACAGCUAAAACAGCCUUUCUGGUGGCUAUAACCUCGGCUAGGAGGGUGAGUGAAUUGCAAGCCUCCUUUCAUUAAGAUGUUUGCAGGUAAGGUUGUCCUUCAUCUGAGCCUCCCCUUUCUGCCAAAGGUUGUCUCUGCUUUUCACUUAAAUCAGGACAUUGUCUUGCUGGUGUUUUUCCCUAAUCCUAAGACUAACACAGAAAGGCUUGUGCACACGCUCAAUGUCAAACGUGCUUUGUGCUUCUACUUGGACAGGACAGCGCCUUUCAGAAAGAACCCUAAUCUCUUUGUCUCAUUUAAAGGGCCCAAGAAGGGUCUGAAGGUGACCUCACAGACCAUUUCAAAUUGGAUAUUUUGGCUCAUUAAGGAUUGUUAUAAUCUAAAUAACUAUGCCCAUUGCAUGUACGGUCACAUUCUACAAGGUCUCAAUCCACCUCAUCAGCCUUCAACUUGGGCAUCCCUCUAGUGGACUUGCAUAAAGCUGCCACCUGGUGUAUGCCAUCCACUUUCAUCAAGCAUUAUGCCAUUGACGUAGACUCUAAAAGCAGUGGCCAACCUGUCCUCAGGACGGAGGCAAACAUCCCUCCCUCUUGCCUCUCUGUGUGGUCUUUUUAUUACAGCCUUUGUACACCAGCGGCUUAGAGAACAGGGAGGGAGCUGCUCGCCCUGCCUUUUAUAGCCACACCUGGGGUAAAAACAUGCAAAAAGGCUAGGCAAGCAUCUCACACCUUUAGGAGCUUUAGAACAUCCACAGCUGGCCUGCGCAUGCUCAGUUUCCAUAUGUGCCUGCACAAAACACGCAAUGAGCAACAGUUACAGAUAAGUGCAACCCUGUUUUCCCAAGGGCCAGGAGAGGACUUCUGAUUUCUGCACAUCCCCUUUCACUUGAAACUACUCCUGCACACUUGGCUUCCCCUAUUACAUCUCCUUUUCUCUUCCUCCAUUUCAUAGGACAAAGGAUGUCUUGCAAUCAGAAUAAAUUUAAAUUAAGCAUGAUUAUGUAGAAACUAUUCAUUUUUUUGCUAUACUGAGAUAUGUAUUUUUGGUUUUCUGGUUGCUGAGUUGGUGGGGCGGGGAGCAGAACUGGAGAGCAGUUAAUACACUAAGCCUUGAGCCUGCACUGCAUACAUACUGAAGUUUAUAGACUAUUUAUGGAAUAAAUUGAAACCAAAGUUGCUUGUAAUCAGAAUCUCCCAGUGGAAAUUAUGAAAGCUUUAUGUGAUGGCCAUGGUGUAUCACACAUUUUUCUGGUAUUUGGAUUUCUGUCUUGUCUGAACUGUGGCCUUUUUAAACCUAUGAUUUGAGAAAUGAAUUAAUUUUAUAGAAAUAACUUUAUCAUCAUCACUGUCCUUUUUCAGUAUCAUGAGUCAUUCUUUAAUAAAUUGUUUUGAAGAAUAAAUUGCAGUAAUAAGUUUUUAUAUUUCUGUUAACACCUGUAUUGCUCAUCUUUUUAGGCAAGCAGGUCUUCUUGGGAUUCUGUUUCGGGUCUAUUCAGCAGGUCUGGCUUUGCAGGAAAAUGUUCUUCAGAUUGCCUUGUUAAUCUUAAGCAGCCUGUGGGCCCUGUCAUGGACCAGGUCCUCCCUUCUGCCCUCAAGCAUCAUUCAUGGCAGCAGGGAGGGCCCAUUGUACACCAUGAAGGCUAGAGCAAAUGCUGUAGAGCCGAUAUAUAUAUUCUUGUUAGUACAGCUCUCAACAGCAUUGAACGGACCUGGAUGCUUGGGAAGGAUUACUCAGGGCCUCUGAGCGUGCCUUAGUGAGCAUCUUCCCAGAGAUCUCUGUGGGGCUACAGCGAGGGCCCCUUUGUUACAUAUGGCAGCAGCCAUGGAUCCUCUAGGCUUUCAUAUAUACCAGUGGAAUAGUCAGCUUGCACUAGAUCCUUGGGCUAGCAUUAAAACCGACUGCUGCAGUGGGAGACCCUGGUAAACUCCCCAGAGACUGUGUUGCCUAAUUUAUCCCAAUCCUGGGCAGCAUUGAUAAUGCUGCAAGACUUCAGUGCCUCUUCUAAUUCUUGGGCAGUCAUUUAGGGAGUAAUCCUAAACACGUGCUCGGAGGUAAGCCAGAUUUUAUUUAAUGGGGUUUACUCCCAAGAAAACACUGUAAUCUUCUCCAGUAAGUUAAAAUACUGAGUGAAAGAACCGAAACAGCACUAUGUAAAUUGCUUUUAUCUCCCCCACACUUUGUUUUACCUAAACAUUUGGUUUCAUUAACAGGGAAAGAUACUGAUUGGUUAAUAAGUUUUAUUAGAACAAAUACUAGCAGCAGUGUACAGUGAUGAAGGUGCUGUUUUGUGUGCACUAAACAAUAAUAGACAAUGUCACUUUUCAGAGAUCUAUUAGAAAAUAAUUUUCAGUAAAUUUUCCAAAUUUAGCAUUUGUCUGUAAGGAAAAUUACACAACAUAUGCAUUAGAAUUUUUGGAAAGGCAUUAGCAACAUUCAUUGGCAGGUAUGAACCUAUUAUUUAAUUACAUUUCAAUAGGGGGAGAAAACCACAUUUCCUUAGAAUAUUAAAAAAUACCUUUGGCACUAUUGAACUGAAAUGCAGGGAAACAAGACUAUUAUGGAAACAAAUGUAUGUCCUUGAUAAAGCCCACCUCAUAGUUCAGCCAGCUACAUUUUGCUGGUCAUUUUGGAAAUCUCUCUCAGCCUUGGCAUUCUUCGACACCAAGGCAGGUAGUGACAUAGUGGAAUAUCAACACAUACAUACAUCCCUGCCACCAGGUCGUGCCAGGCUGUCCACACCAAUGCCCAGAUGUGGAAUUUUGGUCUCAAAAAAGUGCUGGUGCAGAUACUAUAUGCAGGUGGCUUUAUCAAUACAUAUAAUUGCUCAUAUGGUCGGUCUUGCAGCUUGACAAUAAUACAUAGGAAGUUCAUGGAAUUUUCUCUGAGCAGAAGACUCAAAAUAUGCUACUUUUUCUAAUUGCAAUAAGCACUUUUAUAAUCUUCUGUGAUCCUGUUAGAUUGUUGCCAGAAAUUAAUGAGCUCUUGUAAUUUGUGCAACUAGCUCUUUUCUGAGGUGUUAAUGUGAAGUGGGGCUUU